ACCCGGUACUACCCCAUUUACAUCGACGAAUAUUAUCCUUCGAAAUUUUCUUUGCUUCAGAAAGCAAUGGAAUCAACGUCUCUAUGUUCAUCCUCUCUUUCCUUCAACCCUUUUAGCAGCUCAAGAACCUGCCUUCGAAACCAUCGUCAGAGGAAGGCGAUCUCGAUGAAGACAUUCGCCAUGAGAAGAGAGGCGCACGACCAAAAUUGUAGCGGACGUCUUGUUGAUGAAAACAUGAUUGUUCUCCGGAAAAGGUUACACGAGCUGAAGAUGAUCGAGCGGAACUACGAGCCUCCGGCGAAUUGGAUGGAGUGGGAGAAACGUUGUUACACGAGUUAUGAUUCGAUAAUAUGUGAUGUUAUGGGUGUUUUGCAAUCCCAGUUGAUGAACACGAGGCCAAGCUUGGCUCUGGGGAUGCUGGCUUUGAUAGUGUUAAGUGUGCCAACUUCUGCGGCUGUGAUGUUUUUCCAUGUCAUGGAAAUAACUAAGGGGGUUCUUGUAGCUGGGAUCCAUAUGAUGUAAGAAAAGUGAUGAUCUAUCUCCUUUGUAAAUACAUAGAAAAUUCAUACAGAACAAUAAACUAUUUGGGUUUUUUUUUUUGGCUUA